CUCAUGUCAUUCACAUAUCUCUCUUCAAUCUUCUUGAUCACUAUUACAUUUGUCCUCUCUUCUCUUCUCAUCUAAUUCACAUAUCUCUCUUCUUUGAUCAUUAUUGUUUCUUUCAAGAACAAGAAACAAAAGAUGGGAAGCUUUCUCAACCUCAUUGUAGUCAUCGUCUUCGUCUUCUCUUCAUCUGUUAACGCAUGUGAUCGAUGUCUUCACAGUUCUAAAGCAUCUUACUUCUCCUCUGCUUCAGCUCUCUCUUCUGGAGCUUGUGCUUAUGGCUCUAUGGCUACGAGUUUCUUCGCCGGACACAUAGCUGCAGCUACACCUUCAAUCUACAAAGACGGUGUUGGCUGUGGAGCUUGUUUCCAAGUCAGAUGCAAGAACCAAAAGCUUUGUAGCAGUAAAGGAACCAUUGUAAUGGUCACAGACUUAAACAAGAACAACCAAACCGAUCUUGUACUUAGCAGCAGAGCUUUUAGAGCUAUGGCUAAACCUAUCACUGGUGCUGACAGAGCUCUUCUCAAACAAGGCAUCAUCGACAUUGAUUACCAAAGAGUACCUUGCGAUUACGGGAACAAGAACAUGAACGUAAGAGUAGAAGAAGCAAGCAAAAAGCCAAACUACUUAGAGAUAAAGCUAUUAAACCAAGGAGGUCAAACAGAAGUAGUAGCCAUAGACAUUGCACAAGUUGGUUCGUCACGUUGGGGUUACAUGACAAGAAGCCACGGAGCUGUAUGGUCUACUGAUAAAGUACCAACCGGAGCUUUACAGUUCAGGUUCAUCGUCACAGGAGGCUACGACGGCAAAAUGAUUUGGUCGCAAAGUGUUCUUCCGGCUAAUUGGGUAGCUGGUAAAACUUACGACGCCGGUGUACAGAUCACAGACAUUGCUCAAGAAGGUUGUGACCCUUGCGAUGCUCACAUCUGGAAGUAAUAAACUCAAUUCCAAAUUCUUUUAGGUACACAACAUAAUCUUUAUAGAUUCAUAUAUAUGUAAUGUGUAACAGAAGAACACAAGAAUAUAACAUUGUGCUAAGAAAAAGCAAAUCUUGAUUCCA